AUGAAGCCGGUAGCAUCGGAUUCCUACUACUCGCGAGAUCAAACCUCGUAUUCUGAAAGCACGAGGACACCAUACAUUCAAGAAGAUGAUUCCAUGAUGACAUAUUACACGGAUGAAUCGGUGGAAAGGCGCCAGAAUAAAAAGUUGACCUACGACACUUUCAUUCCCAUGGAAUCUGAUUCGAGCAGAGAGUCUGCAUCUGGAAGGGGAUGGAGAAAGGAAGGUUUAUCCAUUGACACCAGAAACGAUGUCCCAAGCGACGAUGAAGUAGCAGAGGAAGCUGCCAAGAAGACUCUUUCUCCAGGAAUGGUCGAUACUGAAAAUAUUCGCAACAAACGUCGUCAGCGAUUGGCGCGAAUGGCGAGAACCCGAAAUGAACGACAAGAAGCUGAAGAAGACGAAGAGAACUAUCAUCGCAGAAACUACGAAAGCAACACUGCUACUCCUUCGUCACCUAUCAAGCAGCGCUACGUGCCGUCUCCAAUUGUGGAAGAACGACCGGAACGAAGCUUUUCUGUAUCGCCACAAAAGUAUUCACGGUAUGGAUCGACACAGAAGGGAUACGAUGAGUCGGCAGCCGAGCUAUCCACACAACAUGUCGCAUCGCCUACAAAAAGAGGAUAUUCUGGUGUCCUUUCUCCGCAAGGCCGAUCGUCACCUCAAAAGGCUAGCGGAGCCUUUCAACCCUACAAGUCACCUGCCAAUAUGACAUCAUCCGACUACGCCCGAACAAGCUACAAUUUUGAUUUCCGAGACGACGACAACGACAAUGGCGACGAAAGCGACGUGUCUCGAGCAGGAUCGAGCAACGAUUCUCGUGCCAGCAGCAAACACCAAGAGAGAGAGCACCAAGAAGAUAGAUACCAGAGCCAUCUACGAUACGAAUCUGACACAUUGGAAGAACAGAACCAAGAAGACAGAUACCAGAGUCACCAAAGAUAUGAAACUGAUACAUUGGAAGAGCAAUAUGGAGAUGACAGUCACGGCCGAUACCAAUAUCAGGACAAUGGUGAUUCCUCGACACUGAAUGCAAAACCUUCCGAUGGCAGUGAUAUAGUUCCGUACUCCUCAUCUCCUAAGAAGCACCAUGAAAGAGGUGACCAACUAGAGCAAGACGAAGACGAGCACGGAUUCCAUGCAUUGACAAAGAGCGACAGCGAUGGUCUCGUCGAGCAUCGUGACGGAUACGAACGGCAUCAUGAUUCCGCACGACGGGAGGAGCUAAGAGACGAGGCGAGAAAAGAUUAUGAGUCUACUCCAUACCGCGCUUCCAAUCAUAAGGGAUACCGACAAGAUCACCAGCAUGAGAGGUCAAACGUAUCUUCAUCGAAUGCCAGAGAUAGGCGUACGCACGGGCAAGACACCUACAAUGAAAACCAGAUCGACACAUAUCAAAUCAAUGCUGGAAACGGCAAGCCAACAACUACCCCAACAGCAGGAAGGCACCAUCCAAGCCAAAAUCUUGAACGAAGGAGAUACGCUCCAGAACCACCAUCUCAAAGAGAAUCCAUUCAAGCUCACAUGGCCCACGCUUAUGUAUCUCCUCAUGGUUACCAAAACCCAGAGUAUGCAGCGAUGGCCAAUCACAAUGCAAGACAUGCACUCUUGAGGCGAUACGGAGCUAAUCACAAUGCCAACAUGCAUCCUCCUAUGCCCCAACAGUAUGGUCAACAACAACUUUCCUCGGUGCAAGCUUCGACACCAAAACAGCUUACACCAAUGCAUCCUCCAAUGCCCCAACAAUACCAAAUUCGAACACAGACGACACGAAAAGUGGCAAUGCCAGUUAUGGAAGACGACAGUGCUAGAAGCAGUGGAAGAAGGAUGUCACCUAUGAUCGAGGACCACUCGUACAUGAGCAUGGAGUCGAGCUUUAUCAACGCUUCAGUGAAUACAGGUGUCGGGUGUCAAGCAAUUCAAUGUCAGUCUGUAAUGACCAAAAUAUGGACUUGCGGUACAAUAGGAGACGUUGACGAUUUCGACCCAAGGACCAAGAUAUUCGCAGGCUUGGCCGAAGGACCAAUGGGCGCUUUCGCCAUGGGGGCUCAAGGGCCACGCAGAAACGCCGUGAAUUCGAAAUCAGAUCGAAAUAAGAAAAGCAGUGCGGAUGGGAAACAGAACGAGAAAUCUUUUCAGAAUGGUUUUGUGGGUGCAAUUGAAAAGAUCUCAGCUGAAGCUCAGUUCCUUGGAACUGAAGCAACACAAUUGCUCUCAGGUGUGAUCAAUGGACCCACACAGGCGGGCGAUGUGUCAAAGGAACAACCAGCAGUUGUGAAAUCGUCCAAAGACGAUGACAGCAGCUCCUCUUCUGACAGCAGUGACAGUGAAACAGAGUUCGACAUAGGUGGUCCUUCAGAGCAGAAAGAACAAAAACAAGAAAAGAAGAAAGAGCAGAAACAAGAAAAGAAGCCAGCUGGUGGUCGCUCCAAGCAGCAGCCAACGAAUGCCCAGAUUCCAGAAACGGCACUGGAUGUCACGGGGCCAAAGUCUCCGUCCAACGGGAUCUACGCUUCUGUUGUCAAGGGCAUGAAUAGACGGGAUCAGCUCAUGAGACUACAAAAAGAACGACAAACCCAAAACGAAGCGACAUCUACAAAGCAGGGAACAGCAAUAGAAUUUGCAACAGGGACAGAUCAGCUACGCGAUGUUUACAAGCAUCUCUUUGACACCAUGAAGAGUCCUAUGAAUCCAUUGUAUCUUGAGAAUCCAUUACAAGCGAAGAAGGACAAGUCCCUUGCGAUUGAAGAAGUAGGUACCAAGGGAGCUGGACUCGACGGAGAAACUGUAUUUCUCUCGUUCGACAAGGAUCCUGAGUCAAAAAGCGAUUUAGUGUCUGGUAGCCAACCAGUUGCAGUGAAGGAAGAGAAAGUGAAGGAGGAGAAAGAGAAAGCCGCAGUCUCCGGAAUAUUGUCGGCCCUUGAAAACACCCUUGCGCAAAUGAUGCUUCCUGACAGUCUUUCUCAGGCGAAUGUGGAGGAUUCAGUGAUUGGUUCUAUAGGUGGUGACGAAGAGACCAAGUCAGCAGCAGAUGAACAUGAUCUACUUUUUAUUGAAGAAAACUUGGAUAAAAAAACUGAUCAAGCCACUCCCAACCUCGAGACAUCCGAUGGACCAGUAUUGAAAGCAACGCCAAACACUGACACGGAAGCGGCGGAGGCUAAGCUGGAUCAAGACUCGGAAGAAAAUUCUGUUUCGAAAGAAAUGAUGAACGAUUUGAACGAUUUGUUGCAAAAGAAGCAAGAGCAAAAGCCAAUCGAAAGGUAUGAGGUGAAAGCAGCUGUAUCCAUGGUAUCCAUGACCGAUGCCGACAUCGAGGCAGAGCUAGAGAGAAUGACGGAUGAUGAGAGUAUGGACGAGUCUUCUGAUGACCAGAUACCUGACAACUACGAUGGACCGACGGACGAUGAGAUCAUGGCGGAAUUAAUGGGAGGUAUGGACGAUGGCGACGACGGUGAAGAACAUGUGAAGAGCAUGUUUGAUGAUGCAACCGUCGAUGACGAUCAAUCCGCCCUCUCUCUUCCGUCAGUUUUGAAAUCGAAGACGCGCUUCUCAAACGAAGUCUCUCAAUUGAAGAUAAUAUCAGAAGAUACCACUGGUGAUCUUGAAUCAUUAAAGCGAGCAGCGAAGGCACUUGAAGAAGCGAUCAAUAGGGCAUCUACUGCUCAUCAGGUACAAAGGACGAAUGCAACAUCUGCACACUACGAGGUUACUCCAUCCAUGUCGUCGCCGAACCUUUCUUUCACCACCGCAUUGAUGGAAGAAACGCAGGAACCAUCAUCAUCAUGGUUGCGGACUAUGUGGAAGAAAUAA